AUGUGCUCGCAUACUGCCAUGGCCUCCGGCAUGGGCAGCCUCGACAGCCUUGACCUGCUGGACCUCCUCUUCGACCGCCAGGACGGGAUCCUCCGCGGCGUGGAGCUGGGGACACCCCCGGGUGCCUGGCACGAGGACAGGUGUGCCCAAGACAGUGAGGACUUCCUCAGCUCCAUCCUGGGCUCCGGGGACUCAGCAUUGGACUCACCCAGCUGGUCCCCGGCCACCAGCGACAGCGGGGUCUCUGAGGACCCCACCUCUGACCAGCUCGACAGCCCCCCCAGAUGCUGGGACGGGGGUCCUGGCGAGGCCCUGUACCCCUACGCCAACCCCUGUCGGGCUUUGCCUGUCGCGGGGGGUACUGGGGUCCUGCACCCCGAUGUCUCCAUCGACCUGGACGUGUGGCACCCCGGCUUCUUCCCAGAGGAGAAGCAGGACCUGCCUGUGGUCUCCCCACCUGCAUCCUGCAACCUGACUGUCAAGGACCUGCUGCUCUCAGGCAGCUCUGAUGCCCAGCCGCCGGUGCCCCGCUCCCUGCUGAGGCAGGCCAGGGGCAGGUCCAGGAGCCAGGGGCAGUUCCAGGAGCUGGUGCUGACCGAGGAUGAGAAGAAGCUGCUGGCGAAGGAGGGGGUGUCCCUGCCCACGCAGCUGCCCCUCACCAAGUAUGAGGAGCGGGUGCUGAAGAAGAUCCGGCGGAAGAUCAGGAACAAGCAGUCAGCUCAGGAGAGCCGCAAGAAGAAGAAGGAAUAUAUCGACGGGCUGGAGAGCCGGAUGUCAGCGUGCACGGCCCAAAACCAGGAGCUGCAGAGGAAAGUCCUGCACCUGGAGAAGCAGAACUCGUCCCUCCUGGAGCAGCUGAAGAAGCUCCAGGCCCUCGUGGUACAGUCAAGCAACAAGGCGGCGCAGACAGGAACCUGCAUCGCGGUCCUGCUGCUCUCCUUCGCACUCAUCGUCUUCCCCUCCAUCAGCCCCUUUGCCUCCGGCAAGGCCGAGAUGGACGGCGACUUCAGACCCGUGCGAGUUUUCUCCAGGUCCCUGCACAACGCGGCCGCCUCCCGCGUGGUUGACACCCAGCCCCACGCCAGGGACGAGAAGCCCCCAGAGCCGCUGUGGCCCCAGCACAUGGACGAAGCCCCUGAGACCCUGCACGAAGCUUUUGGUGGCCGCACGGUCCCUCCACGCCUGGAUCACCAGCACGCACCGGACUGGCUCUGCGGGCAGAUCUCCGCAGCGGCUCAUCCCAGUCACUGGAGAUGGCAUCAGCUCCCAAAACCCAGCACCCUCGUCCCUGCGCCCCUCUGA